AUGGACCCUUCUCUGAAGCGCGACGUGCCUGCUUCGGCUGCGAAUUCUACGAAUUUACCGUCCGCUACGACGAAUAAACAACAGAAGAAGCCUUCACUCGGUCGCAUUCUGUCAUUACCGCCCAAAUGGCUCUCUACGUACGAGGAGUUUAUAACGAAGAAUGCCGGUCAAGUGUCGCAGAUUGAGAGCGCUUUACGGAGCUUGACAUAUAUAAUUCCAGGCCGUUUCCGCGAUGCCGAAAUCGCAUCCGAGUCAAUCCACUCGGGUGUUCAACUUCUAUCUCUCUACCAUGACUCCCUCCUCCAAAAGGCCAUCGCGCGUUUACCGAUGGCAAGCAUGCCAUCAGCACAUGCUCGAUAUACACGAUACUGGACGCAACGGAGUGGUGCCUACCGAAGAAUAGCUAUGUUUUUACAAAUGAUCAUCUAUACAGAGAUGCUAUGGGAAAUGACAGCCAAACGACGAGGUGGCGAGAAGUCACGGUGGAAGGUAGUCGUGAUCCUGGAAGCACUUAAGGCAUUCUGCCGUCUUUUACUCCUGCGCAUCACCCGGUCGCGUCCACUGGUCACGCCCGUGCUGCCUGAACGCGAGCCCAUCCCUGAAGAUGCGGCCGCAGAUGAAGAAGAGAUUGCGUACCGAAGUGAAAGUGAACUCAUGGACGACGUUUCGGUAGACGGCUCUGCGUCAGGAUCUUCACGAGACAUGAAACCUGCGCACGAGCGCGAAUGGACCAUGCCCCGAACAGGAAUGAGCUUACCAUCGUUACCAGAGGGAGGAGACAUCAGCUCGUAUCUGCUGGGACGUGUGCUUACAGCUGACGACAUCAAACCCGCAACUAAGCUUCUCAACCAACUCCAGGGAAGUAGUCAGGGUGCUGAGAUACUGCAGAUCUUGUCACCGCUUAUCUACGCUUCAGCUAUGGCCUACAACAUCAGGAGAGGUGGCGACAAGAAGAACUGGACCCCUUGGUUGAUUGGCUUUGCAGUCGAGUAUGCUGCCCGGCAAUUACGAGACCGAGGCUUACGAACUACAUCCCUUGAACGGGAAGAAUGGAGCAAGCGUGGUUGGGCCAUGGGCUGGUGGGCGAUGAGGGGCGCUGCAUACGAGAAUAUCACCAAGGGAGUCGUCGGAGGUGUAACAAAGAGAAUGCCCUCUUUCAUCGGUGGUAUCCUCGAGGACUAUGAGUACCUCUGGGAGAAUUACUACUUUAGCACGAGUGCAUAA